GUGUAAACUUGGUUCGUUGUGACUGGCAAAAAGAGGUAAGAGGAAGCAGCUGCUGAUUGUGGACUACUCUUGGUGUUUUAUAUCGUUCGCCGCAGCUCUAAAUUGCAAUGCAAACCGGCUUUAUAUAAACAAAAGAUAUGGAAGACCACAAUGAUGCGGAGCCCGUGCUGCUCUCCAAGCACGCCAAGAAUCUGCUCCGAUUCCUUAAUCUCCUGCCAGCUCGCAUGGCGUCGCACGAUAGCACAAGGAGCACAAUUGUGUUCUUCGCCGUCUGCGGUCUGGAUGUGCUGAACUCAUUGCAUCUGGUUCCCCCACAAAUGAGGCAGGACAUCAUUGACUGGAUCUACGGAGGAUUGGUGGUGCCACGCGACCACGAGAAGAACUGCGGCGGUUUCAUGGGCUGCCGCGCCAUGGUUCCUAAAAGCGAGGACGCCGAGAUCUUGGAGUGCAUGCGGAAGUAUCAGUGGGGUCACUUGGCCAUGACAUACACCAGUCUCGCAGUGCUGGUGACCCUGGGCGACGAUUUGUCCCGUCUGGAUCGAAAAAGCAUUGUGGCCGGAGUGGCUGCUGUUCAGAAGCCGGAGGGCAGUUUUAGCGCCUGCAUCGAUGGCAGCGAGGAUGACAUGCGAUUUGUUUAUUGUGCCGCCACCAUCUGCUACAUGUUGGACUACUGGGGUGAUGUCGAUAAGGAAACCAUGUUUCAGUUCAUCACUCGAAGCCUGCGGUACGAUUACGGUUUCAGCCAAGAGCUGGAGGGAGAGGCCCAUGGCGGCACCACAUUCUGUGCCUUGGCGGCGUUGCAUCUUAGUGGACAACUGCAUCGCCUAGAUGCUACCACGGUGGAGCGAAUGAAGCGUUGGCUAGUUUUCCGGCAGAUGGAUGGAUUCCAGGGUCGUCCCAAUAAGCCAGUCGAUACGUGUUAUUCCUUCUGGAUUGGUGCUUCGCUAUGUAUUCUGGAUGGCUUCGAACUAACCGACUACGCCAGGAACCGAGAAUUUAUUCUGAGCACACAGGACAAACUCAUUGGGGGCUUUGCCAAGUGGCCGCAAGCCUCGCCAGAUCCGUUUCACACUUACCUCGGCCUCUGCGGACUGGCCUUCACUGGGGAACCUGGUCUAAGCCCAGUGAAUCCCAGUUUGAACAUGUCCAUGGCCGCCUACGCUCACUUGCAGCAUCUGCACGAGCAGUGGCGAUCCGCUGAUGGCCGAGGGAACGAGGACCUCAGUGUAAGCUCUGCAUUGAAGCAACAACUUCAACUGUCAAAAGGGGUCGAGGCGACAUCCACGACAACAACUACCUCUAACUCGCCAUUAAUUUCAGCACAAUGAUGGGAAACCGCACGAAACCCAAGGGGAAUGUUAAAGCACACUAUUGUAUUUAUAUUGGCCGCAUUUUAGCCAUGCUUUUAUACCCUUGCAGAUAGUUUUAUUUCAGCCAAAAGUUUGUAACGCAUUGAUGGAAUUUGAGACCAUAUAAAGUAUAUAUCAGUCUGUCCGUUUACGCAAAAAAAUGUCUUAGUUUUAAAUCUAUCUACAUGAAGAUUUUCCAAAAGUCUUCUUUCUAUUGCAGAUAUUUUAUAAAUCGGAACGGGCCGUUGUUUUUAUUCGGUAUAUAUAAUAAUUACUGCAAGGGUAUAAGUAUAAGCUUCGGCUUGCCGAUUCUAGCUUCCUUUCUUGUUUGAAUGUAUGCAAAAAGCACGAGCUUUUGGAGAGAGAGAUGAAUAAGUUAGUAUGUUUAUUGUACAGCCUAAAUUAAUGUUAACAAUGUGUAAGAAUAAGCUUAAAAGUAAAUUAAAGCGUCCCAUGCUGAGGCAUGUAUUUACAGAAAA